AGAUAUUGUGCAAUAUUUUUAAAUGAAAAAUAAUCGAUUACUUCGCAAUAAGAUUAAUCGAUAGCUUUUCUUGGCAUUUUUAAUGACGUUUAAAUUUGCUGCCCUGUUGGUCCAGUGAUUUUCGUUCAACAUCAGCAAAGAACUAUUCCAAAUCCACAGCAUCACGUUAUCAGCAACAGGUUUCUGCAUCACACGUCUGCAAGGAAAGCAAAAGCCAAAUAAAUCCUACCUCUUUAAACCGGGUAAUGUAGUGAAAGUGCAAAAAAAAUAUUUCAGCCUAAUCCUUUGGAAUGCUCUAAAAAUACCAUUAAACAUAGUGCAUCUGGAGGAAAAACAACUCAGUGCCAAAGCAGUGUCCUUAGAUGAACUAAAAAUAGCUUAGUCCUAUCGCUAAAUUAAUAAAACGAGAUACAUAAUUGAUUCUUGGUUAUGAAUUCGUCCUAACCAUUUGUGCGCGAAUUAUUGUCAAGUACAAAGGUCAAUUGUACGCACAUUAAGUGGAACACAUACUUACAUAUCUCAUUUCAAUCUGUUAGUUUAGUAGAUAGUACAUCAUAGCAUGAACAAUUCUUAAUUGACAAAAAAAUAAAAAUAAAAACAAUAAAAGAAUGUCAGAAGCACCAACACAGGAGCGCAAAUCAAAUCCUUUUAAAGCUUUUCUCAGCGGCGGUUUUGGUGGCAUUUGCAAUGUACUCACAGGGCAUCCAUUGGACACCAUUAAGGUGCGUCUCCAAACCAUGCCACGUCCUGCGCCUGGCCAGCAACCUCUGUACAAAGGUACCUUUGACUGUGCUGCUAAAACGAUAAAAAAUGAAGGUGUAAAAGGGCUUUACAAAGGCAUGUCGGCGCCACUUACUGGUGUUGCGCCAAUAUUUGCAUUAUGCUUUGCUGGCUAUUCGCUGGGCAAACGCGUUCAGCAAACUGGAGAAAAUACAAAAUUGAAUUAUACGCAAAUCGCAAUUGCUGGCUCAUUCUCUGGCCUAUUGUCCACGGUUAUCACAGCGCCCGGUGAGCGUAUAAAAUGUUUGCUGCAAGUGCAACAGGCGUCUGGUGGCGAACGAAAAUACAAGGGCAUGUUGGAUACAGCCGUCCAGCUGUACAAGGAAGGCGGUAUACGUAGUGUUUAUAAAGGCAGCUGUGCGACGCUGCUGCGAGAUGUGCCAGCAAAUGCUGUAUAUUUUGCAACCUAUGAAGCAUUACAAGAUUUAAUCAAGCAAAAAUUACCAGAUUUGCACAUGGAAGUGUUGACAGCCAUAUUUGCUGGUGGCAUGGCUGGCAUAACAUAUUGGAUAGUUGGUAUGCCGCCUGAUGUACUCAAGAGUCGUUUGCAGACAGCCCUUUCCGAUAAGUACAAGCAUGGCGUACGUAGUGUUUUUAUAGAAUUAAUCCGCACCGAUGGUCCAAUGGCGCUCUAUCGCGGCAUUUCACCGGUUAUGAUACGCGCUUUUCCAGCAAAUGCUGCUUGUUUCUUCGGCAUUGAAUUAGCAAAUGCUUUCUUUAAAUUAGUGGCGCCGGAUUUUUAGGUUCCGCGGAUGUCCCAAAAAUAAAUUUGAGGAAAAUGAUCAAAGCUAUAAAUCUUGACGGAUGCUUCGAAAUGUUUCUCUAAAUCCAUGACUUGUGAAGUAGUUUUCAUAAAGAAGAAUUAUAUUCAAAGCAAAAGGCUAGGAUGCGGAAAGUGGCAUUUCUUUGUCUCUGAUGGUUUAUGUUCAACAAAUUAUAGCCCCAAGAGCUGGACUCGAACAAAAUAGUAGUUGUGGUAUACGGGCUAUGAUUCAAUUAGACCAGUGAAGUCCUACAAAGAUCUCGGAUGGAUACCUGAAGAUUGGAACUUAGGAAAUUCUACUCGCCUCAACGACUGCACAGUGAUGGCGAAAGUCUGUUUGGGAGAGAAAGGAGUUGGAAACAGGCGGCGAAACUCAGACAGGAGAAAUCCUACACGUAAUUUUAGGCAGGGACCUAACAACAGUUAUUGAUGAAAACUCUCAUGGAAAAAUUCACCAUGAAGAA